AUGUUCGGUACUAGACAAGCUGCUUUGAGGCUUCAUCAGGGAUUUCCUGCAGGGCUCACAGUGCACGGAUGGCAAGUCACAGUUCACCCUCCCGCUCCUGGAGACAACCCAGGGACUUGGGUAGUUAAGUUAACAGGCUUGCCUGAGAGUGUCAGGGACCAGGAUGUCAUCCAGAUCAUUCCAAAGCGAUACCGGCCUUUUCAAAUCCAAAUCCAAUAUCUGGUCUAUACCGAUGAUAAGGAAACCGAAUCAACCUUUGUUCGGUCCAUGCUGGAUAAGUUUGGGCCCUUGGAGCGAUGGGAGGUCUCAGAGAUAUCCGACGGAGGGCAAAUAAAUGGUCAGGCCGUUUUUUCCGAGGAGUCUCACGCCCGCAAUGCAGCCGCAGCUCUCGAUGGGAAGCGGUUGCCAUUCUCCAAGUCAAGAAGAUUGUUCACCGCGGUGGUCACCAUGGUGAGAUUCGACGUACUAUCCCGGGUGUACAACGUUGUCCAAGACCAGAUCAAUGUCUACAAAAGAUCUUGGGAGGACCAGAAUAUUGACUUCACCGCCUUUCCUGCACAGGGUUCUUAUUUGACCCUCCACCUUAAAGGAAGCGAUCGCGAAUUGAUGGCCAAUGCCAAACAUGAGCUCGAGCUUAUCCUCGCUGGGGAGGUGAUGAGACAGGGUGGGAAGAAUAUCUGGCACCCAAGCUUCAAUAAUGGCGGAGACGCCUAUGAGACGCUUAAGGCGACUGAGCAGGAGUUGGGACUUGUCAUCAUCCGCGAUGGAUGGCUCUCGCAGUUUCGAGUUUUCGGGGCUGAAAGACACCAAGCAAUGGCUGCAGAGACCUUGGGUCGGGUUGUCAAAGACAUGGUCUCAUCUCAUCUCAUUCGACUCGACCAGGAGAGUGAGCUUCGCUGGGCAGUGGGAGGAGGCUUCGAAGAAAUACAGUCACAACUCGGCGAAGACAAGGUUGUUUUCGAUGAGUCAUCGAGAUCUAUUCUCAUCCAAGGAUCUGAGAAUGACUUUGCUGAGGCUAAAUUCAUCAUGGCUAAUAGACAGGGUGGGCCUUCAAGGGACCCGUUGAAGCAAAAGCAAUAUUGCCAGAUUUGUUUGUGGGAAGCCGAGGAACCAGUCAUGACUUCUUGCAAUCAUGCCUACUGUGGUCGCUGCUUCAUCGAAAUGUGUGAAGCAAUAGCUAAGAAUGCUAGCGAGGUUUGUAUCGUCUGCGAAGGAGACGCUGGGAAAUGCAGAGGGGUUCUUGAACUUUCUGAAAUCUGCAGUCUCCUCCCAUCCAAGACAUUCGACAAUAUCCUCGAAAAAUCUUUCACUUCUUUUGUCCAGAGUCAUCAACAGCAAUUUCGAUAUUGCCCUACUCCUGACUGCGCUCAGGUUUACCGUGCUGCCCCAGAGACAGAGGAACAGCCCCCAACAUUCACCUGCAACAGGUGUCUUGGUUUCAUCUGCACAGCUUGUCACGCUGCACACCCUUCACUCACCUGCACCGAACACCAGGACCACACUUCCGGCGGCCUCCAAGCCCUGAACAAGCUCAAGAAAAAGUUGGGCGUUCAAGAUUGCCCAAGGUGUGAAACCUCUUUGGAAAAGAUUGCGGGUUGCGAUCACAUCACUUGCCAAGGGUGCAGGACUCAUAUUUGCUGGGUAUGCAUGGCAACGUUUGGCGACGGGGAUGCUUGCUAUCAGCACUUGAUGACGGUGCAUAAGGGUGGUGAGUAUGAUUAA